GUUUCACCUCAUUUAUUGCACUGAGAAGGAGAGAGAGAGAGAGGUGAAGUUGUGUGUAUAAAUCUUGAAUUUGUUUUAGAGAAAGAAAUGUUUCUUUGACCAUUCCAUAUUCUUCUUCAAAUCAAAAUCCCUUUUCUCUUUUAGCGUUAGCCAUUGGAAGCUCUUUCAAUCUUCUUCUUCUUCAUCUUCUCUCAUGCAUGGAGCUUCACCAUUUCCAUUCAUUUCUAACCCAAAAAUACACAAAUUAAAACCUUCUUUUUCCCUUCAUUUUUCAUUUUAAUUCAUUCAUUGUUAUUAUCAUCAUAUAAUACUUUCUUUUUCAUAUAUAUCCUUCACAAAAUGGGUUCAAUCAAUUGGCUUGGCUUCUCUCUUUCCCCUCAACACCAACCCUCCAACCACGCUCACGCUCACGCUGCCGCCGCAACCGCCCCCUUCACCUCCGACCAAAUCUCUCCCUCCGACGUCUCCGCCGUCUGCUUUGACAACCUUCCUUCUUCCUAUGCUGUUUAUGAACACUCACAAGAUUGGAAUAAUAUGAAGGGUUUAGGGUCGACUCAAAGUUCAGAUUUUUCUGCUUUAAUCGAAAGCCAACACCAACCAAAGCUUGAAAAUUUCCUUGGCCACCACUCUUUCACCGACCACGACCACGACCACGCCACCGCCGCAGUCUACUCCAAUGCCUCCGCCAACUACAUCUUCCAAAAUUCUUCUUUGGACCUUCCAUCGGAGGCUGCCGGCUGUGGCGGUGGAAGACCCAGCGCCGGUAACGGGAACGCCAACAAUACUACCUCUAUUGGUUUGUCGAUGAUCAAGACGUGGUUGAGAAAUCAACCAGCGCCGCCUCAAGCGGUUGCCAAAGGCGGCGGAGAUCACGACGGUAGUGCAGUUGGAAUAAGUAAUCAUCUCACAACCGCACAUACUUUAUCACUGUCGAUGAACACCGGCCCCCCACCGCCGUCCCAUUCUUCGUCCGGCUCGACGGCUCUACCACUUCUGACGGCCAGCGGCGGUGAAAGCUCCUCCUCCGAUAACAAACAAGGGAAAUCAUCGGGUGUCGAGAUCCACGCUGAAAAUGGCGCCGUUGAAGCUGUCCCGAGAAAAUCUGUCGAUACAUUUGGACAAAGAACUUCCAUCUACCGCGGUGUAACCAGGCAUAGAUGGACAGGAAGAUAUGAAGCUCAUCUUUGGGACAAUAGUUGUAGACGAGAAGGACAGACUAGAAAAGGAAGACAAGGAGGUUAUGACAAAGAGGAAAAGGCUGCAAGAGCUUACGAUUUAGCAGCACUUAAAUACUGGGGUACCACAACCACAACAAAUUUUCCAAUUAGUGAUUACGAAAAAGAGUUGGAAGACAUGAAGCACAUGACCCGGCAAGAGUUUGUUGCGUCUCUAAGAAGGAAGAGUAGUGGGUUUUCUCGAGGAGCUUCCAUUUACCGUGGAGUUACAAGACACCACCAGCAUGGGAGAUGGCAAGCAAGAAUAGGGAGAGUUGCGGGGAAUAAAGAUCUCUACUUGGGAACUUUCGGUACGCAAGAGGAAGCAGCGGAAGCAUAUGACAUAGCAGCUAUAAAGUUUAGAGGACUAAAUGCGGUGACCAACUUUGAUAUGAGCCGUUACGAUGUGAAAGCCAUUCUUGAAAGUAACACAUUACCCAUCGGCGGUGCUGCCAAGCGCCUAAAAGACAUUCACCACUCUGACGUCCCUCUCGACCCCCAAACAGCAGGAGACAACAUAACGUCUCACCUCUCUGAUGGAAUAAUAAAUAUUUCAUCCACCACGACUCCUUACAGUGGCGGUGGAUGGCCCACUAUCGCCUUCCACCAUCACCACCCUUACGCCUUCCACUACCCCUAUGCUACUCCGCAACAACGAUUGUGGUGCAAACAAGAACAGGACGCUACUGCCAUCGCCGCCGACAACUUUUUCCCACACGGUGGGGCUAUGGACUCAAUGGAACAUAGCUCGGGGUCUUACAGCAGUGCCAAUGGAGAUGGGUACAACGGAAAUUUCUUGAUUCCGACGGGGGCGGAAGGAAGCAGCAGCAACAAUGGGGGAUUAGGAGACAUUGGAGAAGUGAAUUUAUUUGGUGGUUGUUCUAAUGUGGAUGAUCCGUUCCAUGCAACAAGAACGUCUAAUUUGUAUAAUUACCACAACUCCUCUCUUCAGCUGCAACCGCCACCUCCGGCAUCCGGGAUGCAAAGCUCUAACUGCAACAACUGGCUUCCUCCGGCGAGAUCGGUUUGUCACGGGGGAGCUCCGCCACCUUUCACCAUUUGGAAUGACACUUAGAAAAGGAAAAGGGUUGAUGUAUACUACCUAGCUAUGAUCAGCUGAUUUUGUUUUGUUUUGUUUUUUUUUUUUUUUUUUUUUUUUUUUUCAUUUUUGGUUAAUCUCUUUUGGUUCAGGCUAACUUAAAUACAUGAAUGACCCGAAAAUGAAGGAGGUUUAGGCCUUUUCUCUA